AUGACGACGGCUAUAGAAUGGCUCCAAACCAGACAUGAAAUUCUUGAGACCGAAUUCGCAAAUGGGCCAUCGACAACAAACCUUAACAAAGCAGUAUCGAACAGUCGUUUGUAUCGCCUACCCAAUGAACUGAGAGUUUACAUUAUUCGUCUAGCGUUCGGCGAUCGCACUAUCCAUACCGGUCACAUAGUUCCAGAUCAUCUUAUCGAGACCGUUCAUCAACAUUUCACGGAACCCCAUAAUUUGAGAUGGCGAAGCUGUGUUUGCGCCCGCCCCCCGGACCGAAGUGCAAAUGAUGACAAUUGUGGUCUAUUUAGCUGUGAACAUGACUUGCUCAGUGAUCGUCCAAAGCUAGAGUCUUUGGUUAUUAUGGGAUUCUUAUGA